CUUCGCUUUCUCACAACAAUUGGGACGGCAACCACAAGAGACGAGACAAGUAAGUCCACCCACCAACCUCUCGUUCACACAAGCACUAGCCAAGUCCUCCCGCCAACUACUGUACGGUAGAGAACCUACUGUGAAUCAAGCGAAAGAAUAAUAUCUGGUCGUAUGCCUUUGCGUGCCGAUGCUGCAGCCUUUGUUCCGUCGUUCCCGACCUCGUCAGUUCCGGACAGCUCUAUCUCUAGCCGUCCCACCGACAACCAUGAAUCUCCAUCCUUGUCCAACCAGAGCACAAAGCAGAAGGAAAGGAGGAAUAAAAAGAAGAAGAAGAACAUCACGGAUGGGGCUGUGAAGAAUCCUCAUGCACCCUCCUCAGUGGGGACAAGCAACGACCAAGAAGAGCCGCUCAGGACUGAUCCAAAGUACCAAGAGAAACCCAACCAUCAGAGACAGCCCAAGAAGAAGAAGAACCACAACCUGAACCAGAAGAAACCAGAAGGCGGUCCACAAAAGACAACUGGGAAACGCAACAACCAAAAACAAAGGAAGAAACGGGCACAAAAGAAGAAGGACCUGCAGAAAUCCAAUGAACAAGAACAAACAGUUGACAUCCAGUCCACCAAUGUUGCCGAUGACAAUGUUGUCGAUGAUUCUUUGGCUCUGGAUCAAUUUCCAUCGUUAGGUAGUGCUCCUGAUGAUCACGAGCUUGGCACAGCAGCAGAAGAACCGAGUGGGCAUGCCUGGGCCAAUGUGGCGGCAGUGGUUCCCAAGGAUUUGGAGGACACCACUACUGAAGAGGAACAUUCCAUCGUUGUCCCCAGUAUCAGUGGGGGCAUUCGCCUCACUCUUUUGAAACCGACCAGCCAUACUUUAGCGGCGGAUCAUCCGUCAUGCUUGGAUGAUGAAAACAAUAAGGAGCGACCAUCAUCACUCUUGGAAGAUUCCGGCAACGACGAAAAACCAAAGCCUCCUUUGGGAGACGUACCCGUGACACCGCCCAAGAGACCACGGGUUGCCAUUGCAAAGCUGCGAGAUCGGUGGUGGGACCUGCUCCGAAAACAGCAGCAACGAGAAAACCAGGCACCAAAAGAAGAAGCCAAAGAACCCAUUGCAAAACACCACGACAAAGAAAAGGUCGAGGUUACAACACCCUUUGCUGCUGCCGAGGAAUAUGUGGAGCUGUCAUCCCUGCAAUUCUACAAUGGGAAGGUGGCUCACAGUGGUGACCACAACAGCAACCAAAACGCAGUCCAUCAGCAGCAGCCAGAUUCGCAAUCUACUAUAGACAUGAAUCGCCUGCAAAAGUACCUCGAAUGCUCCCAUCCAUUGCAUUAUGCCAUUGUCGAACGGGACAGAGAAGCGGUGCAAGCUUUGACAACAGUAGUUUCGCCGCCCCCACGAGCAGUCGAAUCGGCGGACUCUGGAAGAACCAAACUAUUAGUAUUAGGGAAAAGCAUUACCGAUUUAUCGCCCUUGCAAUUGGCCGUCAAAUUGGACACACCCGAUCUGCUCCAUCGAUUGCUUCGCACCAUGGCCACCCAAAAAGACCAUGCCCGCAGAUACAACCAUACUACUGUGGAAUCUGCGUUCCCGAUGGAUCGGGGAGCGUGCGAAUUUCCGACCCCACUAAUGAUGGCAGCCGAGCUGGGACACGAAAGCUGCGCUCAAAUCCUACUGUCGUCGUCGUCGUCCAGUGGUGAAGCGCUUGUUUCCACAAGAGAUGAAACGGGCAACAAUGCGCUCCACUACUGUUGUCGUGGGAGUGCCUCGUCGCCGACGCUGUUACAGAGUUUGCUGGAGGUUGUGGUCAAUGCGGGAGGCACACUCCCAUUCAAAGUGUUGAUGUGUAAAAACAACACGCUCGGACAGACUCCGUUACAUGUCGCUUGUCAAGAGGGACGAGCCGAAUUGGUGGAAAUAUUCUUGGCCGUAUGCGGGAGCAGCUCGUGCUUUUCCAUAUUUGUCAAGAUUCUUGCCAUGCAAGACAAACAAGGCCAAACGCCACUGUUGGCGGCGAUUGCGUCCGGGUCGACGGACUUGGUCAUGACGCUGCUCAUGUGGCGUGGCAAUCACCACCAUCAUCACAUGGGCACCAAGCAACGACAAAAAGCGUCGACGGUACAGCAGCAACAACAACAGCAGCAGCAAACGACGAUAACCGGCAAGGACAUUUGUCCUUUGGUGUGGGCAGUCACGAAAGCACCCGCAAUCCAUUCAGCAGAUAUGGUUCGUCUCCUGUUGGAAUUUCAUACACCGGCAUUCUUGACUACUUCUAGCCGAUCUCCUUCUUCUUCCACCGAAGAGAACCAUGGAUACGACCUGACGCAAGCUCUUUGGCAGGCGGUUCUACGGUCGUCGACUCAUAAUCAAUCGUCAAAGCAGCAAGCUGCAGAAGAGCAACUUGGCGAAGAAGAGCUGCUCGAGAUCCUGCAUGCUCUAGUGGAAGCAGGAGCAAAUCCAUGCGAAGUCCGAGAACAAAAGAAAACAUCGAUACCAGAACAGAUGAAACGAUGGACCGACCCCAAGCAUCAACACGCCAAGAGACAAACCGACAUUUCAAGUGAUAGUGCUCAGCAGCAAUCCGCAAACAACAACAAUUGUGGUAGCAGUGAUGUGUUGGCGAGAGCUUCGGGGACUACGGUCUUGACUUUGGCCGCUGCCCUGGGCCAUGUUCCUACGCUCACAGCGCUACUGGAUAGCCUGAUUGCAUAUCGCAAGAAGAUCAAAACGUCCAGGCGGCGAGAUCCAACGCUUCGGAAGCAACCCGAAUCCUUCUUCCGAGGGCUGGAAAGAAUUGAGGAAACUGAACUUCGUACGGCACUCUCCGACAGCUUGGUAACGUCUCUUUAUCUUGGUUACGCCGAUGACUCUGAUGGCAAUGAUGGUAAGAUCGGAACAAGCGACGAGUACCUUGCUUGCAGUCUCGUCCUCUUCCGCAAGGGGGCUCGUCUGGAUUCGGCUUGCCUGGCUCGACUAAAGGCUAGUCUCGGUACUCCGAUACUAAGGAGAGUGGACGAAGUAAUAUCCGGGAACGAUGGAGUUUCCUCGGCGGCGAUCUGGAGGCCUUUGGCCAGCCACUACUACAACUUUCGAUCUGGAUACCGUCGGGAGAACGUUAUGCUGUCCCGGCCUGACAACGGUGAUUCCCAAGAUGUCAACUUGUCCAUGGAGGACAGAAGCCAGCUGAUGUACCGUCUUCCAUGGUUCAGGAAGAUGCUUUUGGCAUCCCACGGCUCACAUUGCGAAUGGAUUGAUCCUCGUUCCAUUCCACCAGAAAGAAAGAACCGAGACAAAGAAGUAGGCUUCCACGAAGCAAUUCAAGCUGACCGUGUGGUCCUUGUUACAGAAAACGGAGACGGUGAGAUUGGGGUGCAUGGUUUGGUUGUGUCGCAGCAAAGCGCUAAGCUGGCGGCAGCAAUUCGUUUUGCAAGGACAAGCAGCAAUUCGUUUCCUAACGUUGGGGAACAGCAACCAAAGCUUAUAGAAGUUGAUUUGCAAUCAACGCCCACGAAACUGGUCCUACUGAUGCUGCAACACUUGUACCAUGGAUCCAUUGUCUGUGGGUUGCCUUCUGAUGAUGAGCAAUGUCGAGAGACUCUGCUGGAUCUUUUGCUUUUGUCGGAGGAGUAUCUUUGUCCUUCCUUUGCUCAGGAAUGUGAAAUGAGGCUACUAUCGCAGGACCCCCGGAAAUGCUUUUGUUGGUCGUGCAAUCGAGCCACCACGCUCAAAGCGACAAGAAGCUCAACCGGUGGGUAUGGAGGGGAUGACGAAGAAGUCGUUUACGCUGUUGACGGUCCCUCCAAGUUGAUUACUCCCGAAUCCGUCCUCGAUGUGAUCGCUGUGGCUCAGCACUUGGAGGAAUCUAACAUGGGCAUCCCGAAAGAUGAGGGAUACAGGAUGGACUUUUCGAUUCGCCUGUCGACCUUUCCGACAACAAGUAAUGCACAAACCAACGCAUCGAGCGCUAGCGAAUGGAUGCCACUCUCAUCCCAAAAGCCCCUGGCAGCAUUACAUGAAGUGGCAAUGAACGUUCUGCUUUACAACUUUGCGAAUGUCUUGAAAAGUGAAGCAUUCGCUGCACAGCUUCAAGACUCUCUUGCGGGAAGCUGCACAUCGCAGAAUGAAGCACCCGCCCUGUUGCUUCGAAUGUGCCUGGACGAACUUGUUGCAGCCUCUGACUUCAGAGAUGCAUGGGACCUAACGUCCCUGAACAAGAAAACCCUCAUGGCUUCCACCAAAACUGCGGGAUCGCAUGGUUCGUGAGCUUUUUUGCGCCUGAAUCUAUGCACAGCUACAACUAAUCGACAAGAAAGGCAGCAACAUCAAGCUUGCAAGGGAAGGAGAUUCGAGACAAAAAUAGCUUUUCUCAUUCAAUAGCCUAGCAAGUUUGGUUUAGGAUUAGGAGGGUUAGGUUUGAAAUGUUCAAAAUUCUAACUUGUUCCCCGCUCGUGAUCGGAGCUUGUUCAUGACGGGCAUGGAUCCGGCCGAGCUAGAAGCGACCGAUUGCUGUUCGUGAUGGUAGCGCCACCAGGAAACAUCCAUCGUGUCAAGGUCACCCAACACAGGUGCGGGGCGAGCGUCCAACCGUGACAAGGAACGGUUAGAGUACCUGGAUAUGCGACGUUGUCUGGAAGAAGAAGAAGACAUGGGGCGACGGGAUUUGCUGCUAACAGAAGAGCUGGCUCUGCUGCUGGAUGGGCUGGGUUUGCUGGAGGGCGAUGCAAAGCUGGUUGAUCCGGGAGAUGAUGCAGCCUUCAAGAGUGCAUCAUCUCCUCGUGGUGAUCUCCCCUUGACCUGCUUGCCUCCUCGUGAUGCCGCCACGACACUGGCGUCAUUCUCGCUCUUGGUGCCAGCUACAUGAACCAACUUGGACCUUGCCGCCUUGAGACGCCUCGAACUCAGUCGCUUCCCAGGGAUCGACAUGAUGAUGUGACGUUCCAGCGAAUCGCGUCGUUUGACACGUCUUCGACCGGAUCCGUCCUGAAGGAGGCCAUUGCUGCGUCGACUGCUGUGCGACCCUCCACUCUCAUCCACCAUGCGGGACGACGAGGCACUGCCAUCCUGCAUUGUCGCUGGAUCCUUGUGGCUGGCACGAUUUUUCUUACUACUUGUGGGCUUUUGUGAUCCUCCACUUUCGUCCACCAUGCGGGACGAAGAGGCACUGCCAUCUUGCAUUGUCGCUGGAUCCUUGUGGCUGGCACGACUUUUCCUACUACUCGUGGGCUUUUGCGAGCCUCCACUCUCAUCCACCAUGCGGGACGAAGAAGCACUUCCAUCCUGCAUCGUGGUUGGAUCCUUGUGGCUGGACCGACUUUUCCUACUACCAGUGGGCUUUUGGGAUGUGGAUUUGGAAGAAGACGAUGGACGCGACACAGACUCGGACCGUUUCUUGGAACGGCUGCUUUUCCGUGGACCAGCAUCGGCACUCUUGCUGCGACGAGGCUUUGUCGUCGUCGUACCGGUAGUAGUAUGAGACGAACGACUACUCUUCUUGGUGCGGCUGCUGGAUGCUGUCUUGGCGGAACUGGCCGAUCGGCUCUUGCUUUUGCUCUUUUCCAUAGGCGAAGGGCCCAGAGAGGGUUUCUUCUCGGCGACGCGGCCGCCCACCAUCUUGAGCUCUUGUUGAUCCCUUUUUGCUUGCUGCGAUUCAAUGGCUUCAAUCCGUUUCAAGAGUUCUGCCAACGAUCCUUCAAUGUCCCAAUUCGCCGUCGUCGUCGCCUUUUCUGCGGAUUCUUCUUCCAUGGCAUGGAUGCGUUCUCCCAAGUCGGCCCAGUACCGUUUCAGUUGGCUGACAUCGUCGUCCACUCGUUCCACGUUUUCUCCCACCGAUGCCAGUGCCACCGUGUUGGUUGCACUAGUGGUUGGCCCCAAGAGCGGGUACUUCAAGGUGAUAUCAUGAUGAUGAUAGGUCGUUUCCGUCUCUUCUUCGGAUAAAAUGUCAUCGUCUUCUUCUGAACAGGCCUCAUCAAAUACGUAGCUUGCAAUGGUUGUGGAAGUAACAGUGUUGGGGGUGGUGGGCAAGGACAUGAGGGAUGGCAAGGACGGAUGAGCCGAGGGUGUUGCCACAGAGUUGUGGUGGCUACUACUAGUGCCUAAUAAUAUGCUGCGAUUGGAAGGUUCCCUGGUUGGCUUUAUCAAGGGGGACGACGAGUGCAUGCUCUGAUUCUGUCGCAGUGUCAGAGCCUUUUGGUCAAUGUCAGGGAUGACGGUUGUGGGGUGAUCAACGGUACUACUACUAGCUCUGGAGUGACCACUCGGGCAGAGGUUGGGAUUGGAUGGUUCCCGGAAUGGCUGGAGGGGAGAUGUCAUGCUGGAAUGUAGAAACUCUUGGCCUUGACGAUUUCGAAAGGUCUGUUCUUUUUGGUGAGGAUCAGGAAUGGUUGUCGGAUGGACCUGAUCUUCCAACAACACGGUCGCUCUGGAGUGUCCACUGGGACACAGAUUUGGAUUGGAUAAUUCCCUUUGCGGUGGAAUGGGAGACGAAAUCAGACUGGAGUGGAGCGCCUCGUGUCCUUCCAAGUUCAUGAGAGUCUGUAUCUUUUGAUCCAGGGAGGGAAUAUUGGCCCGAUCCUUCUUCGUUUUCUUCUUCAGGACAGGGGUUGUCCUGCUAUAGCAAAGAUCCGAACAGGAUUCGGAUCUCGUUGGUUGAUGUUGUCCACCUCUAUUAUAGCGAUCCAACAAGUUCAGAGCUCUCAUACUCAGUUCUUGGCUCACAGUUGGCCUGAUUGCAGGGGCGCUAGCAGUCGAACGUCGACUGCUUCCUCUUGCCUCAUGAGCUGCCACUAGACCGGCCCUCCUUCGGGAGAGGGCAUUGGAAUUACUUGUACUUGUAGAUUUGGUAUUGGACGAAUUCAUCUUUGCCUUGGCCAUCAAUAUAUAAUCAACCUGGAAUGGACGAUGUGUGUAAACUGAGGAGAAAGAGAGAAAGAUGAUGGUAAAAGCCCUCCAAGAUGUGCAAGUGGAAGAAUCGAAUCGAAUCGAAUCUGUGAGAUGUGAGAUAGAUGCCUUUCUCAUGGCAAUAGAACCUGUAACAGCUCCAGUAACAUCAACUUGUUACGAAAGCACGAAAUUGGUAGAAAUUGCGACUCAGUCUUGGUUGCUACCCCUCCUAUGAAGUCACUUUGACAUUUUUGGUUGUUAAUGUCGGAUCUUGAGCACUGCCAUUGAACUAUUCUGCGUUCCAUAUGAGUACUGAUUAAUCUAUAGUGGCAACAUUGGGACAGUCAAAGGGGAUUGAACAAGAGCGUUGUGUUAAAUGAAAGACAUACUGGAUCAGAAAUCUAUUUCCCUAAUGGCAAGCAGAUGGACGUGCAUCCUAAAUCAGUGUCUUGGUCACUUUUUGCCUCGGGUUCUUCCUUUCAGCAGUGUCUACCUGGUACCGUAGCCUGCCAUGCCUCUUGUAGAAUCUGAUAUUGCUUUGGUACCUGUACCACUGCAAACUGCAGUUCUUUUUCAGUUUUCGAAUGCUGCAGAGGAAAGUUGGGAGGAAGCUGCUGGUUAGGGUCGCCUUUCUCUUGGUAGCAGAGGUGCUUUUAUUGUGGGUGCUGCCUUAAUGGUGCCGUCUCCUCAUCCCUGAAUGUCAGUUGCCGACCUGAUCACCUAAAACACUCGAAACUCGGAUACUGUA